UACACAUUUGUAGCGCAGAGCAGCGGAUUCUCUCCUGUGGAGAGCUGCAGGACGUUUUUGAGGAAAUAAGCUACAUGGUCAUCUGCUUUCUGUCUCCCGUUUUGGUCGGAUAUAUUAAUGGAUGCGUUCAGAAGGCUGUCACCUCUAUAAACGACACUCAGUACCUGCCUUGCUAUGCCGCUUGAAUUGCAACUGGCAACCAGAAACCUACAUUUCAUCUAAGAUUACCUUUCAAGUUCUGCUUUCAUCGCACCUGGAGUUAACAUCUAACCAAGAACACGGCGCUGUCUCAACAUUUCAGUGCCUGAAACAGUAUGUGGAACUACUGAUCAAAGAGGGCCUCGAAACUGCUAUCAGCUGUCCAGAUUCUGCCUGUCCAAAACAAGGACAUUUACUGGAAAAUGAGAUUGAGUGCAUGGUGACCACAGAGAUGAUGCAGAGAUACCAGAAGCUGCAGUUUGAGAGGGAGGUGCUUCUGGACCCAUGCCGAACCUGGUGCCCGUCAUCAUCAUGCCAGGCAGUGUGCCAGUUGAAGGAGGCUGAGGUGGCACUACCACAGCUGGUUCAGUGUGCCGUGUGCAACCUGGAGUUCUGCUCCGUCUGCAGGGCAAACUGGCACCCAGGGGAAGCCUGCCCCCCCCAGGAGAACAACCUGCCCAUCACAGCCUUCCUGCCAGGAGAGACCAGCUCCUUCUAUAAGAGUGAUGACGAAGAGGGUCCUAUCAAGCGCUGUCCCAAGUGUAAGGUGUACAUCGAGAGGGAUGAAGGCUGUGCCCAGAUGAUGUGUAAGAACUGCAAACACGCCUUCUGCUGGUACUGCCUGGAGUCCCUAGACGAUGACUUCCUUUUGAUCCACUAUGACAAAGGCCCCUGUCGGAAUAAACUGGGCCAUUCCAGAGCCUCUGUCAUCUGGCACAGAACACAAGUGGUGGGGAUCUUCGCUGGCUUCGGCCUCCUCCUGCUGGUGGCCUCCCCUUUCCUCCUCCUGGCCACGCCCUUCGUUCUCUGCUGCAAAUGCAAAUGUAGCAAAGGGGAUGACGACCCCUUGCCCACCUAAAACCUCCCAGAGUCCCGCCCACCACUGGACAUCUUUUCCCUUUCAUCCUUUUUUUUCCCCUGUUUCCUCCUUCCAAGAGCUGCUUCAUUAACAGGGCUGAGAGCAGGCUGUGGCCUUGGUCCAGCCACAUCUCACCACACAGUGUCAUGAGUUGACCCUGUCUCCCCUGGCCUGGUGGAGGAGCUCAGGGGUCAAAUGUCAUUGUGGUAAGAGGAUAAUGUGAGUUGGGACUUGAAGUGAUCUGUGGUAUGGGAGGGUGGGAUGUCUGAGGCAUCAGAGGUGGAGACUCUGCUAACAGACCACGUUUCACUUUAACUCGCUUUAAUUGACUUCCUGUUUUUGUUUAUGUUUGUCCUGAUGCAACGCUUUGCUUCCUCUGUGUGUUGCCCAGCGGGAAGGAGCUGGGGUCACAGGAUGAAACACGAUUUGUGUUUACUGCCGUUGUUGGGGCUGGAGGCAGGAGGUGUUCUCCCUCCCCUGUACAGCACAUUUCCUUAGAUCAGUUUAUUUUCUAAUCCUUCACUCCAGAUAGCAGCAAUGUUUUCCUUUUACUGAAUGGAUUUCAACCAUAAUGUGUUUGUUCACUCACCUGUGUGGCCCAAUAAGAAUCCUAUUGGCCUUGUGUUCACAAAGUGACACAACUGAUCCUAGGUCAGCCCAUUGAAUGGUUUAGGUUAGACACAAGUGAUCCUAAGUCAGCCUGUUGAAUGGUUGAGGUUAGACACAACUGAUCCUAAGUCAGCCCGUUGAAUGGUUGAGGUUAGACACAACUGAUCCUAGGUCAGCCUGUUGAAUGGUUUAGGUUAGACAACUGAUCCUAGGUCAGCCCAUUUUCUAUGAGGCCCUAAAUUAGGCUGCUUCUUUUCCCAAUCCACACAGAUGGUGAAGGUAAAAAAGAAACUUUUUUUGUUGUUGUUGUUGUAUAAAGAAAUGUUUGAAUGUAGAUGUAAUGUUUAACCUUGUCAGACCCAAGCAAAGAUCAAAGUCUGUAGGGAAAUAACCCUAUGUUUUAUCACAGGGUUGUUUGAUGUUUUCCCACUUCUGAACAGUCAAAUCAUUCUAUUAGAAGAACAUUCAAAUCAUUAUAUUGGAAGAACAUUCAAAUCAUUAUAUUAGAAGAACAGUCAAAUCAUUCUAUUUGGUCAAAAAUCCACUUUUGAUAACUAAUAUUCUAAAAUGUUUGGUCUUUUGAUGUUUAGCCAAAACUAGCAUCCAACACACAAGAGAUUCUACUAAGAGAUUUAUUUAGAUCUGGUUGCAGUUUUGGUCAUUAUGAUUUAAUUCAGAACCUACUGUAUACAGGAUGCACUUUAGGAAACAGUAAAAUACAACUCUGGGUCUCACAGGGUUAAACACAAAUUAGAAUAAUGCUUAGCCAAAUGGAAACAAAUGGCCUUAAAUAAGAAAGUAUUCAGAGGACAAUUUGCUAAAUAGGUCCAUUAUCCAAUGUUGUCCAAUUGAAAGCACAUUUAAGGAAUUCAUUUGUUUUAUGCAACACAAUCAGUCAUUACAACCUGUUUAUUUUCAGGUUGACCAGGUAGGAGAUGAAUAUCUCCGAUACAAAGAUGUCUUCAUAUCAUCCAUAUUGCAUUGACGUUGCUUAUAUACGCUAUAUCCUAGACAAAAACUAGAUCAAACUAACAUCCUGUAAAGACAUUGUUGUUCCCUGAACCAGUGGUGAUGUUACCCAUGUCAGUGGUGUGGCUGUCCAUGUUUUGGUUGGGAGCAGGUUUUCACUUCCCACUACUGACAGCCAUUGCAACCUUUAUUUGCAGGGAUAUCAAAAUGUCAAGUACUUCACUGGGCUGUUUAGGACUGAUCCAGAAGCUGCUCUACACAUCACUGUAUCUAUGCAAGUUUGUAAUCUUUCUAGGUCUUGCUAAUAGUCUGUAUUUAUAUAGAGUGGUCUAGUAGAUCGUUCACGGCCCGUGUUUCAGUAAAGGAUGGUGGGAUUGGAUGGUCAGGGAUCAUAUUAUGUUUCAUUAUGAUGUUUAAUCAUACCUUGUAUGCUGCGUGCACACUGCCCACUCACUGAACUCGCAAAUCGCUCAAUCUCUGGUGAGCUGUCUCAUAGCCCUCCCUUGUGUGCAUACUGCCUCGAUCGGGCGGGGCGUCUUCCAAAUUUAUGCUAGCAACAAGUCGACCAAUAUUGGGGACACAACAGUCUCCGCAAUUACUGAUACGUAUUUAUUAUUUGCGUGACUCCGCCAAUAUAUAUUUUUUAAAGUAUCAACACAAUGCCAAAUCAAUGAUUUGUCUAUGUUCAAAUAGCAAUUUACUUUUUUUUCCGUUAUGCAUGUAUCACUCACCCAUGAUCCCAACGAUCUCUGAAACCUUCCAUGCAUCCAUUUUUAGAAUUAUAUCUCUUUAUAAAGCCGGAGACGCAUCAUAGAUAAUGGGGAAACCGGACACUGAAAUAAUAUGUUUCUUGCCAUUUCUUAAGCUAGCGAGUAGAAAAGAGAAGGAACAUCAAGAUGCAGAGAACGUCUGCCCUUUCAUUCGAAGUAGCCGAACUCCGCCACUGGCCGCUCGCUGGAAAUUAGCAUCAAGUUGAACAUUUCUCUACUCUAUAGUGUAGCUGCCGCUGGGAGAUUUCAUCUCUGAGAUUAGCUCUGCCCACUAUCGCCCCAAUUCUGUGACUCUGGUUGGAAAUGAAUGGGAUCGUGCCUCUUCAUAGCGCUAGCGAGCGGGAUAUGUGCACGGGGCUGUAGUAAAGGGGUUAUGUAGCUACACCAUUUGUCAUUCUGAAACAUUUAAAGGGACAACGUGAUUUUUGCAACAAUAUUUUGGACCUUGUUUAAAUGUCUAAUGCCAUCAGAAACCUAUAUAAACAUAUAUACUGUAUAGUUGAGCAAUGAGGCAUGGGGGGCUGUGGUAUAUGGCCAAUAUACCAUGGCUGAUUUUGUGGAUGAACCAUGGUGGAGAGCCUGGGCACAGAGCUUAGCCAUGGUAUAUUGGCUGUAUUCCACACCCCUGAGAUCCCUUAUUGGCCUUAUAAACCGUUUGCUAACACAGUUAGCGCAGUAGAAAAUGAUGUGGUGUCAUACCCCUUGUAUACUGUCUCAUAAAGCGUUGCUUUCCACCAUUACGCGUUCAGGAUUCACACUGUGUGAAAUACAGCCCGUUUUACUCCUUUGUUUGUAACACAUACUUGAUUGCAUAGCCUGGACACAGCUAAAACAAUAUUUUUGACAUAGAUACUGUCCACUUCUUGUAUCUAGAGCUCUAUGAAUUUCAGUGGUUCAGUUUCUCCAGCCCCUUAGCUAGGGAACGAAAAAGUGGCAAUUAAACAGCUUUGUCUUCAAAGAUUGCAGUGAACCUCAAGAAAUUAAUCCUUGUAUUUCAGUUUAUCAAUGAACCACUUCGGCAAGAUAUUUUGAGUUUGUUCUCUGAAGUGCCCAAGGUUUUUUCCUGUUCCAUAAGGGACUCCAUGUAGCGUUGAAUUUGGGGGGCUGUUAAUAAACUAGAGCUAGCAUUGUCUAUUACUUUGCCUGAUGGUAGCCAGCACAAUCAAUUUAGCCUUAAUGUUUGAGUACCUUGCCUGUGGGCUCAUCAUUUUUUGCUGACCCUUUAUGCAUUAAUUAGCCUUUAUUACAUUCUUCUUCUGGCAGAAAGAAAUCUAAAGAGCUCAGCUGCAUUUAGAGGUAGCCCAAUUCUGAUCUUUUCCAACAAAUUGGUCUUUUGAUGAGUCACUGUGGGUAUUUAAACAUAAGAAUUUUCUGAGCUGAUCUGAUUGAUCAAAAGAUUAAAUUAGUGAAAGUAAGAUCAGGGUUGGUCUUUCUGUCAGCGCAGCCCAUGUGGAUUUGCUGAGCCGACCGUAUCUCUCUAUGACAGUUACACCAAGUCUGGCAACAGAGAAUUCAGUGGUGUAGAGUAAGUGGAUAGUUUGAAGCAUUCCAGAUCGUGUAAAGUAAAAACAGAAACGUUAUGUCCCAUGUUGAAUGGUGGAGCUUUCUCCAAAUAGGCCACUUUACAGUAUGACUGUAAAAUGUUUGAAGUAACCACAGGCACUUUAAUAGUCUUUAUUGAAGUAUUUCAGGGUUUGGAAUUGUAAGAAAUGUUUUCCAAGGCUUGAAGACAGACUGCUGAAAGCUGGCUUUUGAAAGUGUUUGGAAUGUAACAGACGAGAAGUCAGUAUGAGCAUAAUUUUGGUUAAGUGGUUGUUGAGCAGAGGACAAUAUUGAGUAGUUGUGAUGUGGUGCUUGACAGAUUUUUGCCUGUGGUCUUUAUUCAUCUGUUUAUGCGAGAUCUACUUUUCAGACUCUGGGCUCUUCAGUCAUUAGUUUUAUCAUCUGCUUUCAUUCCCUGUUGUUCUACAGAGAGUCAACCAUAUUCCAUCAUGUUUCUUGGAUCUCAAGUUGAGAUCUAUCGAAUACACAUCUUCUAAGCCUUGAACUUAUUUAGGUCUUUGUCCUUGUCUACUGAGGUUAAUUUUCAUUUUGAAUAAUGUUCUUCUGUUAAAAUAUGAUGUUCCUUUUGUUUCUAUUAUUGAUCUGUUAUGACUCAUAAUUUUAAGAACUGACAUUGUGUCCACAAAUCUUUUAGUCCUGAUUAUAUGUACAAUAGUUUCUUAGUUGCACUCUUUUUGUUGGCCUGAAUGCCGGUGAGCUAACGGUAAUGACUCUGUAUUUGUGUUAACUUUGGAAGGGAACGAUUAAUAUCUCCGCCUGUUCAAACUAUGUAACUAUGUGAAUGGCCAAUGUGUGGACAGCCUUGGAUAAACACAGCAAUGCUUUUCUCUCCCAUGUAUUUACUGUUCCACUAACACUGUGACAUGGAAUAAAUUGGGUUGUUUCUUCAUGA